AUGCCUCAAGAGCGACCGAGCCGUUCCAGAAAGGAGAGCCAGGUCUACAGAAGUGAUAGGCGCAGCCUUUCUACAGCUGCCAGCGAGCGUCUACCAUUAAUCGAAGCUCGUCGCAAGGAGCAGCUCUUGAAAUUGCAGAGCCUGCAGAUCCAAAUCGCUAAAGUUGAGCAGGAGAUUGCAGAGGGCAUGCGCGAAGAGCAGAACCUAAAGCAAGACCUCGUUUCUGACGACUCGGAUCGUGACGAGAGUCAUGCAGCUCCCCGGACGGCGCCUUUUAGUGCCAACGGCUCCCCCGAGGGAUCCAGCGUCAACUAUGGCAACACGUCGGCGAAAGCCCCGAAGCUCGACACGGCUCAGAAAUCUCAGGAAUCCACUGAUUCCGAAGAUGAGAACAGUGCUGCUGGACGCGUCGAAGCUCCACUUGCGAUAACCGCAGGCCAGGCUGCCGUGACCCUCAAUAAAUCCAGCAUACCUAGUGCGCAACUCGAGCACGACGACGUGGUUAUGGAAGAAGCGGAAGACUGCACCGGCAUGGAUUCGGAGGAAGGGUCCGAUGACUACGAGCCGCCCGAUGCCGAACCAUCCUCGUCUCAAGAGUUCGCAUCGCCCUCAUUGCAAAUUGCGUCUGCCAACGAGAAGCAUGCCUUCCCACAAUUGGCCGAAGAUGCCGCGGAAGCCGUCCCAACCCCGGCAGCAAGUGCGCAGGAGAUCUCGGCAGAUCAAACACAGCCUGCGCCCGAGAUAAUACGAGGAGAAAAGGGCGAUCAACCAAGCGAAUCUCGACGCGAGUAUGAACUGCCGGAAAGGGCCUUUCAGCGAAGCCAGGGCUCGAUCUUGGUGUCCCCCCAACCCCGAUUUGUACCCUACGAGACGCCGCUGCAGUACUUUCGUGCGUUUCGGUUCCAUCCCGAGUUCAGCAAGUAUGUGACCGGAGGGCUCCGAUCCCUGACGUACAGCAACAAAAUCGAUGUACGGAAGGAAGUGUGUCCCGACGAGCUGGCGGGGCAGGCGUGUCCUAGGGGCGGCCAAUGCGAAUACCAGCACUUUGGAAACAUGAAGGCCCCGGAUGAACAGAUCUUGCUCCAGCUCGGAGCAGCGGGUAACUACCAAGCUGAGCAGAAGCAGGAGUACAUCGCCGGACUUCGACAGCUGCUCACGGAUUUCCGCAAUCGCAAGGUGAAGGACUUUGAUACGAUCAGCCGGGGAAUCGUCGACUACCGCGCCCAGUUCCUCAAGGACAGGUCCAAGAUUCUCCCCCUCAGCGGCGUCACCAUUUGA